AUGCGGGUGUUAACCAUACUCGCUGCUGCCGCCAUCGCCAGCAUCAGAGCUGCUUCGAUCGACCAUGACAAGGUCCAGCCAUUCGCACAGCCCGAACCGAUCACGGACGCCGAGAAAGCCGCCAUCAAGUACAAGCCGUCACUCGCAGUAAAGGCUGGAUGUCACCCGUACCCUGCCGUGAAUGCCGCCGGCGAAACGAGUGCCGGCUUGAAAGGAACGGGGGCUCCUGACGGUGAAUGUGAAGGCUCUCCCUUAGGGUCACAGGUGUACAGUCGAUCUACGUGGUACGAGGGCAAGUGGGCAAUCAUGUAUGCUUGGUAUUUCCCUAAAGACAUAAAAGAUGUAGGCCUGAUCAAGAAAGGUCUUCGGCACGAUUGGGUGAAUUUGGUUGUGUGGCUCGACAAUCCAGCUCUAGCUAAGCCGAAAAUUCUAGCAACCGCUACGUCGACGUUUGGCGCUUACUACAAGAUUAGUAAACCAUUCAAGCGUUCGGAGGUCAUCAAUGGAAUCACUCCCAAGGUGUGCUACGAUAACGACGACUAUAAAGGGUGGCACACCAUUUUCCCAUUCCACGAGGAAGGCGAAUACCAGGAUCUCAUCCAGUGGAACCAACUGACGGACGCGGCUCGUGAGGCCUUUGAAAACGGCGACUUUGGUGAGGCCAACGUGCCUUUCAAUGACGCGUACUUUGAAACCAACCUCAAGUCUGCAUCGAGGUAG